GUGUGUUUCCUCACUGGACUGAGCAUCUGUUAAUGAAGAGAUGAACAAGGAAGAGCAAAUCAUUCUUUUCUCUUUUCUGCUACAAGGUGUUUGCUGUAGAGAUUACAACAUCAGUCUGCCGGAGAAGAUUGAAGCUCUCAGUGGAUCCUGUGUGAUUAUAAAGUGCACAUUUAAGAUUGAGGACAAAUUUGACAAAAACCUCACUGAGACUGAUGCUAUAGGACAGUGGUUCAAAGAUGGACAUGAUGUGAAUAAGCAUCAAGUGUUUACCUCUAGAGUUCCCAAUUCUAAUCACUUUAAAGGGGCAAUAACUGGAAAACUACACGAGAAGAACUGCACAACUAUUUUUUAUAAUGUUAGUUCAAAUCAUAAUGGUAAAUAUUACUUCAGGAUUGAGAGUGGUGAUCUGAAAUACACCUAUGCAAAAAGCGCCUCCACUGUAACUGUCAUUGAGUCUCCCCCCAAACCCACAGUGAAGCUGUAUAAGGAUCAGGAUCAGGAGGAGGUGUUGGAGGGGAGCUCUGUGAGUCUGCGCUGCUCUGCUGAGACUCUCUGCUCCUCUCCUCCACCAACUCUCACAUGGAGCUUCACUCCCAGAAUCCCCCUCAGUGAGAGCGGCGGACAACAGGAGCUCCUCGUCUCUGAUCUGAACUUCACUGCUACUCACCGUCACCACAGAGUCACUUUCACCUGCACUAUAACCUACCAGCUACAGGACAAGAACAAAACAGCACAGGACAACAUCACACUACAUGUUCAGUAUGCCCCUAAAAUCUCUCCCUCCUCCAGCUGUAACGGAACUGAUGUAACUGUGUGUUUCUGUGAGGGUGAUGGGAAUCCCUCUCCUGAACUGGAGUGGCAUCUGUCUGGACGUCCUGUUAGUAACUCUUCAAACACGUUCAUCAGUGAAGAGCGAUUGAACAGCACAGGCUUGAGGAGCUCCAUCACUCUACAUCAGUCACUCUCACACUCAUACACUCUGCAGUGUGUCGGUAACAACACUCGUGGCACUGCAAGAGAACUGCUUCUCUCUGUUGCACGUUUGAAUGUUUCGUCUGUGAUGAUUGGAGUUGCUGUUGCAGCUGUGCUGGUCAUUAUGUUCUGUGCCAUUACAUGUGUCUGUGUACGGUAGGUGAACGACACGUAUAAGG